AACAGCCGACGAAGCUCGUCACGCGUGGCCGUCCCGCGGAGCCACCGCUCCCUCUCGCCGGCGCCGACAAAUGGGCCAGGCCCUGCGCCGCGCCUCGGGGCGCCUGAGGCCCCCUCCCCCGCCUCCGCCCCCGGCGAGGCCCCCGCCUACCCACCCUCCCCCGCCUCCACCACGGGCCGCACCGGCGCCCGCUGCUGGCGGCGGCGCAAGUCCUCCUCAGGAUCGGCUCGACGUGUCACAGGAUGCUGUUACACCAUCAACAAAAGAUUCCCAUGGUGUACUUGUAGAACGUGAUCCAAGUUAUGAUGACAUGCUUAAGCACAUGGUUGGGAGAAUCACUACUAAGCCUGGAGGAAAGCCAGAAAUGGAUGAAGCUUCCGUCGUAGAGCGAUACAACAGGCCGCUUCCUAAGGUGAGAACAUCCGAAUCCGAACCUGGGCAGAGCAGACAGCUACCUCCAGGAACCCUGAAAGUCGGGCACAUCCAGGAGAUCAUUCAGCUGUACCAAGGAAAGUCCAGUAACCAUCGUGGCCCGAUGAGUGUGGACCAGAUCGCUUCGAGGUUCAGAGUCGAAGCCUCCGUGGUCCAUGGAAUCGUGCAGUUUGUCUCGUUGCCGCAGGAUGAAGGCGUUGAAAAGAAAGACGAGCGGCGGGACCCUUGAGCGGAUUUUGUUCGGGCUGUCUAACAUGGUGUAGAUUGUUCAUGCUCCCAAAAUGAGUUGUUUCUUCAUAGUGUUUUUGUAGGUUUCUUUCUUCUUGUUGUUGUGGCUGCUGCUGAGCUGAAAGCCUGGGAUGAUGAUGGAAACUCGAAACCGUACAUUGCUGUGUUGCCUAAAUAAGUAUGAUGGCCGAGUUUUACACACUUAA